AGUACGGCCAAUGCCUGUGUCAGCCCCCACGAACCAUCGCCAGCCAUGUCUCUGCCAGACCUGGGCGGGUUCCCAGAGAGCGGGACGCCUGCGGACCUGCUUGAGUGGGUCAUCCAGUGCGGGACGGAUUACGCUCUCGAGUACAGCCUCCAAACAGGGAUGACUUUCAUCCAGACCGCUUGUGCUGUCCUGGGUGUCGGUGGGGCCACCAUGGCCAUGCACCGGGCCGUGUCCCCGACGAAGAUGAGAUACUACGAGCCCCUGUACAGAAGACUGCACGGUGAAAUGGGAGAGCACAUGCGCAGACACAGGCACUUGAAGUUCGGGACGAAUCCGUACGCUCACCUCAGUCGCAACAGGGCAGUGAUUCUGCAGGGGCGCACCCAGGAGGGCAAGACAACCCUGCUCCGCACAGCAAUCCCUGCACUCCACCGGUACAACGUUUUUGGCAUGAAGUGGCUUUGCUGGCAGGGUCUUUAUUUCAAUGGAGCAGAGGCUUGCCGCAACGGCACUUGGGACGCUUGGAUCACCAGCCAAAUGUUUGGGGGCUUAUCUAAUGCAGGAUCGGAGGUCAAGCAGUGCCUCUGGGAAUGGCGCCAGUCCCAGUGGUUCCGGCUGUACAUGGAGAUUCUGUGGAUGCCCUUUCUCUUGCCUCGACCUUUGUUUAUUUUAUCUCAUCGUUGACCAGUUCGAAGAGCUGCUCAAGAAAUACCCCGAGGAAUCGGAGGCUGUACCCUGGGCCGACGCGAUUACGAAUUACCACGUACGUAACAACCUCGCUCGAGUUGUCUUUGUUGUGAAUUCGGAUGCUGCGGCGCAGACGCUGCACAAUCUGGAUUGGCGUGGCCACACGCGGUACAAACGGGUACGCAUGGAGCCGUCGACUCCAGACCAGGUUUGGAUGGUCCCCACUAUAGACCCGAAGCUUUUUUCGCAGUGCGAGUGCAAUAUUGGCUUGUAUCACCUUGUGUGCAGAGCCCUCGACAACGGUAUUAUCACCAGGGCCGACGUCCCCAGAUACGUUCAGAGGCACCUGACAAGGUGGGAGCUAGAGUUUCAGGCGCCCUGGCAUAGACGGCACGCCUUCGCUCUUUUCGGGCUGGUCAACGUCAGUCUACAGUCAUCGUCACCGUGCAGCCAUCAGGCAACGAUGAUCAGAAACGAAUGGGACUUCAUUUGCCGAGACUCAGCCUCGAACCAUAUCUCCGACCGAGAUCCAGGGAACGGUCCUGAAGCCAGAGCCCCUCCUCAACCCACAGAGCUCCAUAUCUCACCGUCUGGAUUGUGCCCGAGAGACGCCCGCUUCUGCAGCUGCUGCCCUCGGCCCGCUGCCCCCCCCCUGAUGCUCCGAGGUCAGGUCUGGAGGCAGGGCCGAGGCCAUCUCUGCUGCAGGAGCUCGAACGCCUGGAGGUGCCGUUCCCGCAGUUUCUGGACCCCACCUGGUUCGACCUGUCCCUGCCGGAUGCCAAGCGGACCCUCCUGCGGGGUCUGGAGGGCCUCCUGCACGAUUGCGCGGGGCAGAAUCAGGAGAGGACGACAGCGAGGAGAUCGGUGCGAUCAUGGCCGUGGUGCGGCCGGCUGUCAAGAGGCUCGACGCGAGGCAGUUCUACCAGAGCCAAUGGGCUUGCGCCUUCUAGGCCAGAAAUGGCGACGAGCUCGCCGCCCGAUCUCUUCAAGGCGCCCGACGUCGGGGCGCGGCCCUCCGGCGGGGAGCUUGGUCCCCUCCUUCGACGGGUGCCGGCAAGCGUGCGCGGGCCCUCGGUGCACUGCACCGACCCCGUGAGCGGCCUCUGUUGCUGCUGCUGA